AUGGUUGUUGUUGUUGUCGCUGCCGACGUCGUUGAAAGCAACAGUAGCAUUAGCGGGGUCGACAACAGCACUGGUACCGCUGUGUCUCCAUCAUUUGUUGGUGCUACACAAGACACGGUGGUUAAUAACAAUUAUACUGAUAGGGACAACACAACAACAAGAGCUGGACAGACGGCGCUAGAUGACAGUGUUUCUUGUCUGCCGCAUUCAAGGGAUACUCAAAAGAACCUAAUUCAUAAGACGUUAAAAAUCAACCCAAGUGCGGGCGACAUUAAUAACAUCACAAACAACAACAUGACGGAUGCGGCCAAAGGAACAACAACAACGGAAUCGUCGGGGUCAAUAGAGGCCAUUCCCACCAAAAGUGCCGUCAGCCAGCGAAACGUGGAUAUCAAGAUAGGAAGGACCACUAACAUGGAGGCGGCCACCCAACAGUUAACCAAGAAGGUGCUCAAACUAGAUCUUGGCGGCAAGAACCUCGACGAAUACUCACUUAAAUCGCCCAAGUCACCGAUAGCUGCACGGUUGCCGCAUCAAACGUCGAUAACGUCAUCGGUGGAUGUAGAAGACAGGAAGACAUUACGAGAGGCCUUAUACCAGGGUAUAUUUCAUCGGCACCGCCGUACUAUUUUUGCCGUGGGCAGUUUUCUGCGUAUGCUGCGCAGCCGUAACUCACAAUACAAUACAAUACGCAGCUCUUCGGAAGGCGAGGACAUCGAUGAGCAGCCGAAGCAUCAUCCGCAGGAGUUGGAACAGUCGCUAGAGAACCUCCAGCCGCCUGGCCAAGAAGUAACGACCAUAUACGCAACAUCGUCAUCUGGACAACAGGGACAAUCGGAUUCGCUUUAGAUGUCCCAGUUGCUUGAGUUGAAGUUUCGAUUUAAUUAUUAGCUCAUUCGACAUCCGCGUAUGAAUCACUGCUUAUUAACAAAUAUUUUUAAACAUCGUGCAACAAUGAGACUAACCACCCGUUGUGCUAGCAUGUAGUGAGCCAUAUUAGUUCCGUAUUUAGUAUUAUUGUUGACGGACUGAGGCCAGACUUCAUCAUCUUCAGGACACAGAGAUGAAAACAAACCUUUUUGAGACUUUGCAGCUUAUCUCGUUCAUUAUUUUACCAGAUUUUUAUAUUUCACGUUCUACUUUUAAUUUACUUCAAACCAACUUAAUUGUAUUGAGUUUGCAUUGCUUCAGAGCCCAGCACUACACUUCAGCUACAAACAAUUAUAAGUUACGAACAUUCCAUUCGUCUGCUUUAAAAGAAAUUCUAUAAUUAAUUUGAAAUGUACACUUAUAACAUUAAUUUUUUUAUGAUACACAUGUAAUUAUCCAUUUGUAAUACUUUGUCUUUUACAUUUUUAACUGAUAAAGUGAAAUAAGUACAUUUCUUAGCAUUUGGUAAAUAUUAAUAGAAAUUAUUUUUGUUCAUCUCAACUACACUCGUUACUCUUAGAAUAAAAGGUUAUAAUAGAUUCAGAGCUAGGGUGCUGGAACCUAACAAGAAAAAUCUGGAAAUCACGCUCACAUCUACAUGUCUACAUGUUUCUUUAAAUACAAAUUUAAAAUUAUUUUAUUUUUUAACACCAAUCAAUAUGAUAAUCUUUUAAAAAAUUACUGUUUGAAGAGCAUAGCAAGAACUUAAUUACUCGUAGAUAACUACACAUGUCGAUAGGUCUCCCGGCACUAUCUACAUCUUUAUAUCUUCAGCCACACCUAUCACACCCGUUACUCAUAUUGUAAAUGGGAAAUGGGGAAUUAUAAUUAUAAAACGUAUGUAACAGCACUUUUACAUACGCUUCGGCUUGCCGAAGCUAGAUUUCCUUGACUUUAUAAGAUGUUGAUUCAAAUGAACCAAAUCUUGGUUAUUAAUACUGUAAAAUGGUGAGGCGCAAAGUGCCAAUCAAUAUGAUAAUCUUUUAAAAAAUUACUGUUUGAAGAGCAUAGCAAGAACUUAAUUACUCGUAGAUAACUACACAUGUCGAUAGGUCUCCCGGCACUAUCUACAUCUUUAUAUCUUCAGCCACACCUAUCACACCCGUUACUCAUAUUGUAAAUGGGAAAUGGGGAAUUAUAAUUAUAAAUCGUAUGUAACAGCACUUUUACAUACGCUUCGGCUUGCCGAAGCUAGAUUUCCUUGACUUUAUAAGAUGUUGAUUCAAUUGAACCAAAUCUUGGUUAUUAAUACAGUAAAAUGGUGAGGCGCAAAGUGCUGGGCAGCGAAAAAGUCAUAAGAUAGUCGACUAUCCUAGCAUGUAAUUAUGUAUAAUGUUUUUUUGUUUGUUUUGAUUUUUCAUCGCAAUGGGAACAAAACUUAUAAAGCCGCAUUAGAAAAAAUGUUUUUAAACAAUGAGCAUAAUG